AUGAACGUAACGGAGCAUGAAGUGACCUUCGCGUCAACGUUGAGCGCUUCCACCGCGGGAUUGGGAUCAGAUCUCGUGACGUUCGACAGGCGAGCUGCCAACGCGCUGAUUGACAAACCUUGGGACGGUGCUAGCGAUGGGUUCUUUCGGAAUGUUUGGACUCUGGAUGGUGUGAUAAACAUUAAACUUCCAUCUCAAGCCCGGGUGAAGAUUACAACUGAAGAAGAGCUGGUAUCGCUGAUUGCCAAAUUUCCCAUGGACUCCCCGUCUUACUCCGGUGCUCCUUCUGCUCAUAUUAAAGCAGCAAGUCAUGGAGUCAAAAAACUAUGCAAACACAGGAAACCUCCCCUAGUUUACAAAGCGUGGUGGGCCGUCGUAAGCAAGUUGUUGUGGUGGCUGGUAGCGAUGAGGCCAAGAAGACUCGUCGGUUUA